UGAAUAUCCUCGUGAUUUUCUCAUAGCUUUCUGCUGAGAAGUCGGGCUUUUUUGUCUGAUAGUAAGUUUGGGGUUGAAGCUGAGCUGUAUGCUGUUGAACAAAGCUGAACUGUACUAGUGCAAGAAGUAUACAGUGUCUGUCAUAAUCCCGCUGGAGGUAGUAGCAAUUCGACUCAAAUUUCGGGCCACCGCCGCCUUACUUCUGCCCGGAAGGAAGCCGGGCGCUGGCGAGUUUCGUGCCCAAACUCAAAGAAAACCAGGAAAAAAAAACGGGCGUGGAGCGGUGGCCGCUUGUUCCCUUUUCGCCGGUCGAUGACGUGCUGCAACUGCCUAAAAGAAGCGCGGCUUUCUUGCCGUUUUUCCUCCCAUCUCUUCAAAAGCCGAAGCUCUUCGCAAAACCGGAGGGCGCCCCGCCACCCCUAAGCAAAAACCGUCGCUCUCUUUUCCCGUAGGCCGCUCCGGCGGGUAACUUAGCCUCUGCCCGCACUCCUAAUCGAAGUCGACUUGUAGCACGCGGGGAGGCACAUCUCAAAUGAAACCCCCCGCACACCCGGCCUUGGAGCAAAGGGCCAAAGGCCUGCCUCGCAUGUGGCCGCCCUUUGCCUUAUUGGCGGCCCUGGCAGCGCGAGGGCACCUUUUCUUUUUUUCUUUGCGGCUUUUUACGGCUCGCAACGUUGAAAGAAGCCAAAGAGUUGCGCAGUAUCGGGAAGCGCAAACGCAAUCGGCACUGAAGGCAGUCGCCUUCUUUUCCCGCCUGGCACUCGCCUGGCGUCCGUUAUGUCCCAUUCCGGACCGACGGUUCCCUGCGUAGGCUUGGGCGCCUCAGCAGGGUGGCCGUGUUUGUCUCAACCAGUGGUCUGCAUGUAGCAUGCUUGGGACCGCCUUGGCCCUUCCACCUAUCUCGCGAGAAGGAAAAGGCGCUUCCCUGUGGGUUCGGUCCUCCUUUCGAGCCCGCGUGCGUAUUGCCCUGGCGCCCGUGCCAACCCAAACCAGGGCGUCCCCAAACGCGGCGCACGCACGGUUUGCCGCCCGUCUUGAAAUUCCGGCAGAUAUUUCGCCCGACACCGUCCCGUCGACAGGUCCCGCACGCGGAGGGCGCCGCAGAGAAAGCGCGGCCCCGCAUCGUCUGCAUACCGGGGCGUCUUCUCCCUGAACGCCGUACAGGUUCGGCAAUUAAUGUGGAUGCACGCCCAGGUGCGAGUCUUGCUUGGAUUAUCGUGCACACGCGAUUGCAGCGAACCUGAGAGAGAGACCCUUAUUUCCUUGAGUGCAGGCGCACCCCUUGCUGGGCAACAGGCAUAGAAAAAUCAUGCAAGAUGGCGUAGGCAAUCCGCCGCGGAGACGCAGUGUUGCCUUCGUGGUCGCAUAUGUUACCCUCUGCCUUGGUGCUUUGGCUGUUGCAUGGCUUUUCGUCGCCGACGGAAGUAUUUUGCCGACCGCCGAUUCUGAUGGCGUUGCGCAUUCUUCGCAGACUUUGGAACAGUAUCUCCUUACACGGAUCUCGGAAAAUAGUCGCUCCUCCACCGCCGUUGUGAGCGUGUCGGACACCGACCCAAGAAACGCGAGUAGUGCAAAGACAGAGCUCGCAGGUGAAGGGGCUUCUCCCGAGAAGACGAAUGCCGAAACGCCAACUCGCGGCCCGACAUUACAAGCGGGAAUCCCGUCGCAGGAGCUUGGAUCCGCGGUCGAAGCCGUUCAUGCGCCAAAAGGAGACCCUCCGCCGCCACAGUCACUGGCCUCGAAUGCGCAGUCUGCGACGUCUGCUCUUUCGGGGGAGAUCGCGCGGAGGAAGAAAAGGCGGCAAGAAGUUCACAGCCUACUAUACAUGGAACACGAGCGCGCGUCGUAUUCAGAAGAAGUGCGGAAUAACUACGCGCUGUCGUACAGCGCGAAGUACCACCACCACGAGCAUUCGAUCAAGGUACUGAACUUUCCCGAGGCUAUACACCUAAGCCCCUGCUGUUGUUGAUGGAUGCAGCCAAAAGAAGCUUUGAGCUCGUUCAUUGUGUACUUCGGUAAGCACAUUUCUAUACCCAACGGACAGAGGGCCCAUCGAAAAGAAAAAUCCCAAGUAGUUCAUAUUUUGCGGCAUGAUGUCAUUAAUCACCAGGUAUAUGGAAAAAUAGAAAUCCACACCUCCACCUUCUGCAUAUCGCUCAACGCAGAUUGCAGACGAAUCGAAUGCUAUCGAUGCUUGGCUCUGUGCAGCAAAGUCGGCCGUGAGACGCACAGGUCAUCGAUUUCAUUGCGAACGAAGUUCAAAAGACCACACACCCGCCGAUGCGAUUUCAUCACCAAUAACGAGCAGUCCUGUGGUACACAAGGAAAACCCUAGGGUGUGUCCUUUCUUAACAGCGAGUAAUCUUCAGGCUUCUUGGGCAACCCCUUCAAGCGGACUGUUGCGCCAUCUUUACGGCACGGAGGACCCUUCGCCGAGUCUCGAAGGCCUUCUGGCAGUUGAAUAUAUGAAACCAAACAUCGCUGUCAUUAUCAUGCUGAUUUCUCGACUCUCUUUUUUUCUGGCUAGAUCUUCCGGAAUAUAGCGUUUAUGUAUUAGACAGUAUGAUGAGGAAUUAGGGUUUAGGGUGCUAAGGACAGCACUAUCAGGGCCGUACACAUGCCAUGAGGAUAUUGAAUUUUGGUUUCAUACACAUCGAGGAGAGUGAGCAAUGUCCGAAAGACGAAAGGCAGGCCAAUCUUGGGAGCUGCGCGGUGGUUGGAAACAGCAACAACGUGGAAUUCACAGGCCUCGGAGCUGAGAUUGACGCUCACGAAACUGUGUUUCGUUUCUCCUGCGCACCGACAGUAUUUGCGUUUUCUCCGUACUUAGAAGAAGUGGCCGUCGUUCUUUUUGCUAGAGCCGAUACAGAUGUCGUUUUUACUUUCAUUUUGGGGAUACAAAAAUGAUCGUUUACAAAAGAGAGGUAGAAGAUUAAAGUUGAACUUCAUUCAGAUUCACAUCAGAAGAAUAGAAGUUUACAGUAAUGAAGAGUCAGUACACCCUUGUUGUGAUGUCUGGCUAAAAAUAUUCAUGGCAGCGCGGUUUUGAGGCAGAUGUAGGGAGCAAGACGACCUUUCGGUUUGUCUAUCCCGAAGCGAUGGGAGGCAAUAGCGACUUGUCGCGUAUCUGUGGCAGCGUAAUACCCGAAGAAGACCUCCAACAAACAACUGCGCUUGUUUUCCUUUACAAGGAGCCAGACAUCAAUUGGUGGCUGCUGCACCUCAGACGCCCGAAAAAAUUCCUCAUUCGCACUCCGCAACCCUGUUGCGCUUACUCAAACGUUUAUGGCUGACCAAAACAGAUUGAUUUUGAUUCGAUGACUUCCUUGAUCCAUUUUAUUGUCUAUCGACAAAUUUGAAAGAUGUUUUGCGGUGUAAAAUAGCGUGGCCUACUUCGACUUUGGGGUUCUACGCUAGUAGAUUAGCGAUGCUACUUUCAACCUUUCUGUGAGCAUGGCUCCUCUGGCUGUUAUUUGUUUCAUUGAUAACCGCACCCAACAAAGUGGAAGAGCCGAUUCAAAGCGGUUCGCAUUCUGAGUCCACGCUGGAUAGAAGACGCAGUGGCGUUGGAUCCUGAGCUUGCACUGGAACGAGGUACAAAUCCAAAGCAGGGUCUUAUUGGAAUCCAGCUGGCGCUGCAGCGCUGCACGUCUGUCAGCGUCUACGGCUUUGGGAUCCAGGACAAGGAGGGAAACAAAAUUUCCCACGCGCAUUACUACGACUUGACUUGAGCCGCGAAGCUGCGUAAGCAUCAUGAGACCACUUGGACAAGAAUUUAAUAUAAACUGGAGUAAUGCGGUAGUAAAAAGCUGAUACACCAUCUCUAUAUUUUUUGUGGGAACCAUUGCAAAUUGAGAAAGCAUCGAUUGAUUAUGAACAAGAAUGUUGGCGCUGCGCUGCCAGGAAGAAAGAUGCCACCUGGAAUUACUACGAGGUCUAAAAGAAGGGAACGGCCUGUGUGACAAGUGGAUGAGGGAAAAAGCGGCACGAGAGAAAAGGUGACAAGUCAGGAGGGGGACCGCAGACGGCAAUAAGUUCAAGCAAAAUUUCACCCACGGGACCUUCUCCGAAACGACAAUAUCGUUAGACUUCGUGGCAGUGAC